CGUGUGUACAUAGAUCUCUUCCUCUCGCUCGCUCUCACACGCGCGCAUCUUGUCCUUUGUAUGGACUUUACUUUCUAGGGGAACAGCUACAAGAUGUCAAGAAUGGCGAGGAUGCAGCUGGCGUGCGCGAUGCUGCUCGCGUUCACCUCCUGGAGCCUGUGCACAGAUUCAGAAGAGGAAAUGAAAGCCUUAGAAGCUGAUUUAUUGACCAAUAUGUAUACAUCAAAGAUAAACAAGGCAAAGCUUCCUCAGUGGAAAAUGACUCUUCUAAAUAUUUGUGACCUUGUAAGCAAUCUGAACAAUCAAGAAGAGGAAGUAGAUGACGUUGAUCAAGAAGAUCCCAUGAUGAGAAGACAAUUCCCUGGUACUCUUGAUGGCUUCACUUUGGAAGCAAUAUUGACGCUAUACCAGCUUCAAAAAGUCUGCCACAGCAGAACUUUUCAGCAGUGGGAGUUCCUUCAGCAAGAUAUUUAUGAUCCAGAAAACUCAAACCAAGAGAAAGAUAUGAUGAAGAGAAAAACCCCUUACAUUCUGAAACGGCAAGUACACGUUAACAAAGCCCGACGACCAUACAUACUGAAGAGGAGUUCGUAUUACUGACUCAGCAAUUAAAGUAGUGUUUAUUUAGUUUAUAUGUAACUGUGCUUUAUGGUUACCUUAUUUCAACCUUAAAUAUUAUUUGUGUGGAAAAUAUAUUAUGAAAAGUGAUCAAGAUGGUAGCAUAAUUGUGUCUUUUUUGCCACUAUUGUUUCUUGAUUGUAAUUUUUUCCUACUUAAAAUUAACUGUUCUAAAACAUUUACAAAUAAAUCUAGUUUCUAAGCAUUAUGGAUUGUACACCACUGAGAAUUCUAAAGCAUUGGCAACAUUGCUUACUCUAUAGAGCAAACCUUUCUCAUCAAGUAGAAAAAAAUAUUGCUGUACAAAACCUCAUGAGGAUGUUUCAUAAUUCAAGGUGUGAUGAAUUAUCCAAACCUACUAAGCAAGUAAAUGGCAAUUUAAAAGCUUUCAACAUUAAUUAUAUUGAAUAGUGUAGAAGCCAUAUUCAUAAAUUCAUAACAUUAAAAAUGCACUUAUCUCUAUAUUCUAGUUCAAACUGACUCAGAAGAUGAUGGGCACAAUCCAGAAAAAGAGAGGUACACCUUAAACCCUAGUCAAAUCUCCGGGAUUUACAAUAUGAACCUGUGCCUGAAAAACAGAAAUCCCAUUCUGUACAGUAGGAGUGACUUCUAGAUAAGUGUGCAUAGGAUUGCAGCCUCAACGCCAUGAUUAAGGUGUGGUUUUUUGGUGUUU